AUGGCCGCCGAAGCCCAAGCCGCUCCUGUCACGGAGCAGAAGGCCAGACCUACCAAGCCCAAUGAGGAGGCCUUCAAGGCCGAUCUCGCCCAGGCCGAGAAGGAGCAUGCUGCGGUUCAGGAGAAGCUGAACCAAGUUAAGGCCAAGAUCGAGGCGGCCAAGCCCAACAACCAGGACUCGCCCGUCGCGAAGAGACAGCAGGAGCUCCGCUCCGAGCUGUCCUCGAUCCGUCAGAAGCAGCAGGGUUUCAAGGCCUCCCGGUCCAGCACCCAGGAGAAGCUCAACGCCCUGGACGCUACGCUCAAGGCUCGCAUUGCGGAACAGAACACCUCCCGGACACGCAUGUCGUUCAAGAACGUCGAGGACCUCGAUCGCGAAAUCGCCCGCCUCGAGAAGCAGGUCGACUCCGGCACCCUCCGCCUGGUCGAUGAGCGCAAGAUCCUCACCGACGUCUCCAACUUGCGCAAGCAGCGCAAGAACUUCGCCGGAUUGGACGAGGCCCAGAAGGUCAUCACCGACCUCAAGACCCAGAUCGCUACCCUUAAGAAGACUCUCGACAACCCCGAGGCCAAGGCCCUCAGCGACAAGUACACUGAGAUCCAGAAGGAGCUGGAUGCCAUCAAGGCCGAGCAGGACAGCGCGUUCAAGAACUUGAACGCCCUCCGGGACGAGCGCACCAAGCUGCACGGCGAGCAGCAGAAGAAGUGGACUGCCAUCCGUGAGAUCAAGGACAACUACUACAAGGGCCGCAAGGCCUACAAGGAGUACGAGGAUGAGGCCUGGAAGAUCCGCCGUGAGAAGCAGAAGGCCCAGCGCGAUGCUUUCGAGCGUGAGAAGCGCAAGAAGGUCGCUGACAAGAAGCUGGAGGAGGCCUCCCGUCUGGCCUACACCGACGAGAUCCUUACUGGCCAGGGUCUCAUCCGCCACUUCAACCCCGCCUACGACUUUGCCUCUCUGGGUCUGGAUGACAAGAAGGACGAGGGCUCCAACUUCCUUGCUGGAGUGGGCCGUACCGUCGACGACUCGAACAUCAAGGGCAUGAAGGUUCUCAAGAAGGACGACCGUGAGGAGGACUACUUCAGUGGUACUGGCGGAAAGAAGGGCAAGAAGGGCAAGAAGGGUGCCAACGGCAGUGCUGCCCCCGCUCCUGCCGAGACCAAGUUUAACCUGAACGUCGGUGUGAUCGAGGACUUUGCCAAGGUCAAGAUCGACCCUCCCAUGAGCCAGGCCGAUGUUCCCGCCGUGAUUGAGAAGCUUGCUGCCAAGAUCACCGAGUGGAAGAAGAACCAGGCUUCCAAGACUGAGGAGAACAUCAAGAAGGCACAGGAAGAGAUCGACCGCCUGGAGGCGGAGGAGACCUCCGCUGCUAACGGUGACCGCUCCACCGAUGCCGCCAAGAAGCCCGCCGUCAAGAACAGCGGCGUGAACGGCAAGGUCUCCGCCGACGCUGAGCUGAAGCAGGAGAACGACGCUACUGCCGACGUGUCGGAAGAGCUCGAGAAGGCCACCAUUGAGGACCAGGCCUAA